AAAAUUAAAUUAGAAAACGUUUAUUUAGAAAUUCUAAUAACUUGAAGAUAGUGCUUUUGCGAUCAAAAGGGUAUAGAUACACAGAAGGUUUAGAAUUUGGAAUGAAAUGGCAAAUAUUAUAUGCAAUAGUAAGUAAAGACACCUGGUGGCGCUGCAGGAUAAGCAAGUGAAUAAUGGGCUCUAAAUGCCAGGGACGCCAUUGAGCUGGGAAUCACAACUCGGAGAGCUCCCCCAAAGAAGGAGGCAUUUUAAGCCAGCUCCAGAAGACAGAUCUUCAGACAAGGCACCAUUCUAAGUGCAUGUCAGACAGAAACAUAUAACUCAGGAUUAUUUAACCAAAUUGUCUGAGUGGAUUGUAUACCGAGUUGAAGGAACUGCACCUUCUGGACGGAUUUGAACAAUGCAGACUGCUCUAGCAAAAUCCCUGCAGAAAAGGCAAGUCAUUUUUCUUGCUAUGCUGUUGUUUUUGUGGGACGUUGAUUCUGAGGCAAUUAGAUAUUCCAUGCCAGAAGAAACAGAAAGUGGCUACUCUGUGGCCAACCUGGCAAAAGAUCUGGGGCUCAGGGUGGGGGAAGUGGCAACUCGGGGUGCGAGAAUCCAUCACAAAGGCAGCAAACAGCUCUUGCAGCUCAAUGUAAAAACCGGCAAUUUGCUUCUACAGGAAAAGCUAGACCGAGAGGUGCUGUGUGGGGCUACAGAACCCUGCAUUUUGCAUUUCCAGUUGUUACUCAAAAACCCGAUGCAGUUGUUUCAAAUUGAUGUGCAACUCACAGAUGUAAAUGACCAUUCUCCAGAGUUCCUAGACAGGGAAAUGUUCCUUAGAAUCCCAGAGAGUGCCCAGCCAGGGACUGUGUUUCCUUUGAAAUCAGCUCAGGACUUGGACAUGGGUAGCAAUAGUGUUCAGAACUACACAAUCAGCCCCAAUUCCAAUUUUCGUGUUGCUACUCACAAUCGUGGAGAUGGCAGAAAAUACCCAGAGCUGGUGUUGGACAAAGCUCUGGACCGGGAGGAAGAGUCUGAGCUCAGUUUAAUCCUCACAGCGCUGGAUGGUGGGAUGCCACCCAGGUCUGGGACUGUCACAGUUCACAUUGAAGUAGUAGAUAUGAAUGAUAAUGCCCCUGAAUUUUUACAAUCCCUGUAUGAAGUACAGGUUCCUGAGAACAGUCCCAUAAACUCGUUAGUUCUCAUUGUAUCUGCUCGAGAUUUAGAUGUAGGAACGUAUGGGCGUGUAAACUACUCUCUACUCGAAGGUGAUGAAGUUUCUCAACCAUUUGUAAUAGACAAACUAACAGGAGAAAUUCAUUUGCAAAGGGCAUUGGAUUUUGAGGCAACCCAACAUUAUAUCAUAGAAAUUGCAGCCACAGAUGGUGGAGGCCUUGUAGGGAAGUGCACAGUGGCCAUAGAAGUGGUGGAUGUGAAUGACAAUGCUCCUGAACUAACCAUGUCCACACUCAGCAGCUCUAUCCCAGAAAACUCCCUGGAGAGUAUAGUUGCUAUUUUCAGCGUUUCUGAUCCAGACUCUGGGGACAAUGGUAGGAUGGUUUGCUCCAUAGAAAACGAUCUCCCCUUCCUCUUGAAGCCCACAUUUAAGAACUUUUACUCCUUGGUGACAGAGAGGCCAUUGGACAGAGAGAGCAGAGCCCAGUACAACAUCACCAUCACAGUCACUGACUUGGGGUCACCUAGGUUGAAAACUGAACACAACAUAACUAUCCUUGUCUCUGACAUCAACGACAAUGCACCUGCUUUCACACAAACCACCUACAGGCUGUUGGUGCGCGAGAACAACAGCCCUGCCCUGAAAAUAGGCAGCAUCAGUGCCACAGACAGAGACUCAGGCACCAAUGCCCAGAUCACCUAUUCGCUGCUGCCAAACCAGGACCCGCACCUGCCCCUCGCCUCGCUGGUCUCCAUCAACGCAGACAAUGGGCAGCUGUUCGCGCUGAGGGCGCUGGACUUCGAGGCCCUGCAGGCAUUCGAGUUCCGCGUGGGCGCCACAGACCAAGGCUCACCCGCGCUCAGCAGCCAGGCGCUGGUGCGCGUGGUGGUGCUGGACGAAAAUGACAACUCGCCCUUCGUGCUGUACCCAAUGCAGAACGCCUCUGCGCCCUGCACGGAGCUGGUGCCCAGGGCGGCAGAGCAGGGCUACCUGGUCACCAAGGUGGUGGCGGUGGAUGGAGACUCGGGCCAGAACGCCUGGCUGUCAUACCAGCUGCUCAAGGCAACGGAGCCAGGGCUGUUUGGCGUGUGGGCGCACAAUGGCGAGGUGCGCACCACCAGGCUGCUGAGCGAGCGCGACGCGGCCAGGCACAGGCUGGUGGUGCUGGUCAAUGACAAUGGCGAGCCUCCGCUGUCUGCCAGCGUCACGCUGCACGUGCUGCUGGUGGAUGGCUUCUCCCAGCCCUACCUGCCGCUCCCGGAAGAGGCGCCAGAGCGUGCGCAGGAGGACUCGCUCACUGUCUACUUGGUCAUCGCCUUGGCCUCUGUGUCAUCUCUCUUCCUCUUCUCUGUGCUGGUGUUCGUGGUUGUGAGGCUGUGCAGGAGGCGCAGGGCGGCGCCUCUGGGUGUCUGCUCUAUGCCUGAGGGCCACUUUCCUGGACACCUGGUGGACGUCAGCGGUACUGGGACACUGUCCCAGAGCUACCAGUAUGAGGUAUGUCUGGCUGGAGACUCUGGAACUGGCGAGUUCAAGUUCCUGAAGCCCAUAUUCCCCAACCUCUUGGUUCCGGAGGCUGGGAGAGAAGUUAAAGAGAAUUCCAACUGCAGAAAUAGCUUUGUAUUCAGCUAAUUGUUGUAAUUCUUUUCACUAAUUUUGGCGAACUUGCUAUUGCAACUUCUUUCUCUUAAAUAAUUCUAACGAUGUUAAAGCACUCAUAACCACUGUUCCAUUCCUAUGCACAUUCCUGAUAGCUCUGUUUCUUCCUUUAAUGGCAUUACUCAUAGCAUUUAUAAUCAUAUCAAAUAUGUAUUUUCUCCAUAUUCAAUCUUCUCUUGAUGUUCAGCUUUUAAUAAAUGUAAAUUAAGCAAGUAAAAACUUCUUAUUUUAGUGAACUUAAUGAAUUUCAUGACCCAUUUAAAGGUUUGUAUGGAAUCUUGAAUUUUCAUGUAUUUGUGGCACCCAUUGUUAACAUAUAAGUUUAUCUUCCAAUACCAGAGUGUUGGCCUUGAACUAAAUUUAUGAUUGGCUCUAUGUACUACUAGGUUAAAUCCACUGAUCAGCCAAGAGCAUAAAAUCUAGUCUACUUGUUUUUCUCAA